AAAAAAAAAACUAGUAUAAAAGAUAAAACUCUUGGCAGUUGAUAGUGCCACGGUGGCUGUGCUGACGCCGGACAAGCGAAGUAGGUGAAUCAGGUGGUCAUCUUUGCUUUGCGAUUUAAUUGGGAGACGAUCGGCACAUAGAGUGAGCAAUUAUUCACAAUUUUUUCAUGGAAACCACCGGAUAAAUAGACUUUUAUGGGGCUUAAUGAGAAGGUAUGCAAGAAAUUAGAAAUGGCAGAUCCAAAGAACUCAAAUCAUGUAGCGAUGUUUCCAUGGUUUGGCUUUGGCCAUUUCAUACCCUUUCUUCAUCUCUCCAACAAGCUUGCCGAGAAGGGAUACAAAGUCUCCUACUUACUGCCCAAAGGAGCACAGCCAAAGUUAAGCCAACUUAACCAACAUCCAAACCUCAUUCACUUCUUUCCCUUGGUGGUUCCCCAUGUGGAAGGCCUACCUCCAGGUGCUGAAACUUGCUCCGAUGUUCCCUAUCCACUUCAUGAUCAGCUUUGCACGGCCCUUGAUCUAACUCGAGACCAAGUUAAAGCCAUUUUAGCCGUUAUCAAGCCUAACUUUGUGCUCUUCGACGUUGCGUACUGGAUUCCUGCUUUAGGCCGAGAGUUAGGCUUCAAAUCCGUCAUGUACGCGACCGUGUGUGCUGCUGGGCAUUCUCUCCGCUUGGUGCCGGCCAUGAAGAUAGUGAAGGGCAUGAGCUUUGAGGAGAUGAUGCAGACUCCUCCUGGCUAUCCUUCUUCAACAGUGGUACCGAGACCAGAUGAGGUAGCCCAAGCUAGAUCUCUCGCUGAGGAAUUUGGAAGUGGCUUGUCAAAGUAUGAUCGACUAGUUACUAGCAAGGAAGAAAGUGACGCGAUUGCCUUAAGGACUUGCCGUGAGUUUGAGGGUCCUUUCAUUGACUACAUGGCACAACAGUUUGGAAAGCCGGUGCUCCUAGCAGGACCUGUCUUGCCUGAAGAUCCCUUAUCACAGCUUGAGGAGAAAUGGCACAAGUGGCUAAGCAAAUUUGAAGCAGGUUCUGUGGUGUUCUGUGCCUUCGGAAGCCAAAUCAAACUGAAAAAGAAUCAGUUUCAAGAACUGCUUUUAGCGUUUGAGUUAAGUGGGCUGCCAUUCUUGGUGGCUUUGGCACCACCAGAAGGAUGCUCAACGAUUGAAGAAGCAAUACCCGAAGGAUUUGAGAAGAGGGUUCAAGCAAAAGGUUGGGUUUAUGGGGAUUGGGUUCCACAGCCACAGAUAUUGGGACACCCAUCUGUUGGGUGCUUUGUGAGUCACUGUGGGUUUAGUUCCAUGUGGGAGGCUCUGCAAAGCGACUGCCAAAUAGUUUUGGCACCACAUCUGGGUGACCAGAUAGUGAACACCAUGCUAUUGGUGAAAGAACAUAACGUAGCAGUUGAAGUGGAAAGAGAAGGAAACGGGUGGAUUUCUAAGGAGAACUUGAACAAAGCUAUUAAAUCCGUCAUGGAUAACAGCAGUGAGGUGGCCCAGGUGGUUAAGAGCAAUCGCUAUAAGUUGAAGAAAGUGCUGUUCGACGAAAACAUGCAAGAAUCGUACAUUGAUAGUUUUACCAUGAAUCUGCAAGCUCUAUUGAUAAAUUAAUCAUGUGGGAUCUAAGAAAUUGAAUCGUUGGAGUUAAUCGUGUUCCUUAAUUCUUCUGUUGUGUGCUUGAUGUUGCCUGUUAAGUUUGUAAUUCUUGAAAUAAAAAGAAUCAAAAGGGCUUUACGUGGUA